AACUAGCGGAUCUGGGCAAGUGCACUUAGUCUGGACUGCAUUUCCAUCUUAUUAAACUCAAACACACGCACACACACACACACACACACAUCCACCGCUGCAGAUAUGAGCAAAAUCCUGGUAGGCAUCUUCACCGUGGCGCUGUGUUUCACACUGGGCUACACCCUGCAGUGCUAUAAAUGUGAAAUAGGAUUCUGGGAUCUGUGUUUCACCAGCAAAACGACAUGUGCAGCCAACCAGCAAUGUUUCAUUGGAAGGGGGAAGACAGCGGGUGUGAUUAAGGUGCGCAUGAGCGGAUGUCUGGACAUAGCCGAAUGCAAUAAGACGACAGAUGUUUCUUUUCCCUCUGGCUCCAACACCAGCAUCUACCAAAUGACCAAAACCUGCUGCGACACCGACCUGUGCAACACCGCCGCACCGCUCGCUAACACACACACACUCACCUUCGCCAUCGCCUCACUCGCCUCACUGCUCCUCACCAAGGUGCUGGUGUGAGGGGGUGUCUCUCACACACACACACACACACACACAGAUAAAUAAACCCUGUGCUUAUCCACACACACAAUCAGUCACGUUUGUGAAUUUCUGUACAUAUUAAUUCACACACACACACACACACAGAUAAAUAAACCCAGUGCUUAUCCACACACACAAUCAGUCACAUUUGUGAAUUCCUGUACAUAUUAAUUCUCUCUCUCACACACACACACACACACACACACACACACAGGAUGUCGCGUUUCCUUUUCGAUCAGUUGUGAUAUUUAAUCCUGUUUCGGGGUUUUUUUUCCUCUGUUUUAUUUUAAUUCCAGCUACAAAAUGUAAAACUUUCAUGCGAUCACAUCAUUGUGUUGCUUGUUCACUUUAUGUCUUGAGGAGAUGAAUCAUAGCCUUCCAUUAUUUUUCUCUUGGUUUACCUCUUUUUACUUUUUUUGUAAAGAAAUAUAUCGAUAAGGUGUCACUAUUGACACACUGAAUCUUUAUUAUCUCUCAUUAAGGGUACAAGAUGUUGAGUAAGAUGAGAAUGUCUGUUAUUGUCAAUCAUUUACCUUUUUUUCCCUUAUUUUUUUUCAAUUUAAUAUACCUUUUGUGUUUUGUCCUUUUUUAAUUUUGAUUCCCAGAAGAAUUAAUGAGCAAUUUUGCAAAAGGUACAAAAGAUAUUUUUCUAAAGAAAAUGCAUCCAUGCGCCAAAAUUCAGCUAUGAACUAUUUUUUAAAUUUUUUUUUAAUAUUGAUGUUUUUUUAUUCUGAUCAAUUGUUAUCAUAAAUUUACUCAUUUUUCAAUAUGCUAGAUGUUCAAACUUGCCAAAAAUGCCAAAAACCCAGUUGUUUUAAAUUCAUUUAAAUUACCUUCUCAUAUAUUUGCCACUUGUUCCACUUGAUUUGAAAUGCCAAACCUGUGUGAGUGUUUACACACUCAUCCUUACACAAAUUCUUUGUAUCCUAAAAAAAAGGGAUUUUUUUUUUUUUGGUGAACUGGAAACACAUUAAGGUAUAAAAUGUAAGAAGUAAAAUCUGUCUGGAAAUGUGUAUUGGGGCUAAAAAAGAGUGAAGUGCUUGAGAUGAUGUUGGCUGUGUGCUUUCUGAUCAGGUGCUGGAUGCAGUUGAUGUUCUCCAGCUGUCAUGAGGAUGAUUACAAAUAAAUCAAAAUUGGUCAAAAA